AUGGAUCCCGCAGUCCAACGUCUCCUUACUGACAAACUCUACGACAAAAGAAAGCAGGGGGCACUCGAGCUCGAGCGUUUCAUCAGGGAGGCUAGCGCCGCCAAAGAAUACGACAAGAUCCGGAAGACGAUUGAUCAACUGUGUCACGACUAUGCCUAUGCCGUGCACCUUCCGCACGCCCGCAACGGAGGCCUCAUUGGUCUAGCAGCUGCUUCCAUCGCCUUGGGCUCUGACGAAGUUGCGCGCUAUCUAUCCGACAUUGUUCCACCUGUUCUUGCGUGCUUUACCGAUCAAGAUGCCCGCGUACGCUAUUAUGCCUGCGAGGCCAUGUACAACAUUGCGAAAGUGGCCAAAGGAGAGAUUCUACUGGCUGCCGACUCAGAGCUCUCGGUGAAGAACGGUGCUGAGCUCCUCGAUCGUCUGAUUAAGGAUAUCGUUUCUGAGUCUGCAGCCUCUUACGUUUCAGUCCUCAAUUUCAACGAAGACGGCGAGCAACUCGAGCCCGACAAGGAAAGCGCCGAGCUUCCCACGACCUUCUCCCUCGCAAAGUUCAUUCCCCUUCUUGAAGAGCGCAUUCAUGUCAUCAACCCGUUUACUCGCACCUUUUUGGUUUCAUGGCUGACGCUCCUGGAUACUAUUCCGGAUUUGGAGCUUGUACACUACUUGCCAGCUUUUCUUGGAGGCCUCUUCAAAUUCCUCGGUGAUCCAAACCGUGAUGUGUAUGUCGCAACGCAGGGGCUGCUGGAGCGCUUCCUUAACGAAAUCAAGAAAAUCGCAAAGAUCAAGCGUGGUAUCGCUGAAGGUCGUCGACGUCGAGCCGCCAACCGCAGGCAUGGGUCUGAUGUGGGCAGUGCCACAGCUCGCGGCAGUCAAUCAAAUGACAAUGCCAUCGAAGAUUCAGAAUCGGGAACCGCCCAAGACGAACUCAACGAACUUGGGGAGCGCGACGGUGAUUGGAUACCUGGACAGGACGUACAGGUGGAUUAUGCACAAAUUCUUGACAUCCUGCUAAAGUUUGUCGACGGGUUGUCAAAACAAAAGGAAGAAGAGAUCGGAAUCGUCGCCCUGCGAUGGAUCGACAGCUUCUUCGAGAUCAGCCCGGAAGAAAUUCUGCAGUUUGUGCCUCGUCUGUUGUCUCGUGUUUUGCCGGCACUGUCGGCGCAAUCGGAGCAAGUCAGAACCACUGCCAGCAAGGUCAACAGGUCGCUGAUGGAUUAUAUUGUCACCUUUCAGGAUGAGUUGUCGACUGAGGACCAAAGUGCACACGGGUCCAGCACCCUAGCCAGCGUUACGACGCGGGAUGGCGAAGGAUCCGAAAAAAGACAAUCAGCGGGAACGAGCAAGAGUGUGCCUUCUCAGGCAGAGGCUCGAACCGAGACAUCUCCAGAGGGCCCCUCUGAGAUCGAGCAAUCGCCCCCAGCGGUCACUCCUAGGUCUACCGCAGCGCCGUCACCGCAACCUAUAGCAGAUCUCGACUAUGCGGCAGCAGUGAAUGCGUUGACGUUACAAUUUCUCAACGAGCACGAAGAGACACGCGUCGCGGCGUUGAGCUGGUUGAUCAUGCUUCAUAGAAAGGCGCCCAAGAAAGUCCUUGCCUUCAACGAUGGAACCUUCCCGGCGCUGCUCAAGACGCUUUCAGACCCGGCUGAAGCGGUCGUGACACGCGACCUUCAACUCCUUUCCCAGAUCUCCAGGAACAGCGAAGACGGAUACUUCACAUCCUUCAUGGUGGCUUUGCUGCAGCUCUUCUCCACAGACCGGAAGCUGCUGGAGAUCCGCGGCAACUUGAUUAUUCGUCAAUUGUGCAUCAACCUCCAACCUGAACGGAUCUAUAGGACAUUGGCGGACUGCAUCGAAAAGGAUGAAGACAUCGAGUUCGCCAGCAUCAUGGUCCAGAAUCUCAACAACAACCUCAUCACAGCACCUGAACUGGCCGAGCUGAGGAAAAGGCUCCGAAACCCGGACAGCAAAGAGGGACAGAUGUUCUUUGUGGCACUGUUUCGCGCGUGGUGCCACAAUGCCGUGGCUACGUUCUCGCUAUGCCUUUUGGCCCAAGCGUACGAACAGGCUUACAAUCUCCUACAGAUAUUCGCGGAUUUGGAAAUGACGGUCAACAUGCUCAUCCAAAUCGACAAGCUAGUGCAGUUACUAGAAAGCCCAGUCUUCACAUAUCUGCGGCUCCAACUCCUCGAACCCGACCGCUACCCCUACCUCUAUAAAUGUCUCUACGGUCUCCUGAUGUUGCUCCCCCAAUCGUCCGCUUUCGGCGCCCUGAAGAACCGCCUCAACAGUGUCUCCGCCAUAGGACUGUUGCAUACGCCGCCCUCGAUGCCGACUUCAGCUAGACCAUCAGUCGUCUCCGGGAUUUCUUCUUCCUCUCUCCCCGCUGCGAGCACUGGCGCCCUAAACAGCACCGUCGCCUCCCGUCUGUCGCGAACGCGUGAUGCCACCUCGUCCCUCGGCGCAAACGAGAUAAAAUGGCCAGAACUUCUUGACAAGUUCAAACAGACCCAAGAACGUGCAAGACGCCGAAACGAGAGGCUUCUCCGGGGAGACCUCGACGCAGAAACACCUGGGUCUGCGAUACCGAGCGCAGUUGAUGAUGUCGGUCGCUCAAGCCGUGCGAGUUUACGAGAUGGUGGUAUUGGUGGAGCAACAGAUGGCGAUGCAUUCCGAACGGGGCACAAACUGCAUAGUGGUAGACCCUUGAGCGGUGUUGGCGCAACCGGGCCCGGGUCAGGGCUGGUCAAGGCGGGCAGUGGGUUGACGGUUACCGUCCCAGGUGGAGGAAGUGCCGCUGGCCCUGGUGCUAGAGCCGCGGGCGCAGGGGAAGAACGAAUUGGACCGCAUAAGAGAGGUCAUAGUCUCGCAGGAGGGUUUGGGAAGUUUGCAAGUGGGAUUGCCAGGGCUGGGGGGAAUAAGGACAGGGAGAAGAAGAAGUAA